AUGGCACAGGAAUCUAACAAGGAGGAAAAUUCCCUGAGAUUCCGCAGGAGGAAGGGCUUCAAACCCAGCCCAGGGUGCUCUGAGGAGGAAAGACCCACCCUCUGCCAGGAAGGUGGACAGAGCUUCAGACAGAGCUCAGCUUAUCCCCAUCAUGAAGCUCCUCAUGGACCAUCGGAGCUGAUGGUCCAUGAGGAGCUUCAUGAUGGGGAUAAGCCCUACAAGUGCUUGGAGUGUGGGAAGAGCUUCAGGCAGAGCAGCACCCUGAUCCGCCACCAGAUGAUCCACACUGGGAAAUGGGCAUGUGAGUGUUGGGAGUGUGGGAAGGGCUUCAGCUGCAGCUCAGAACUUGUCAGGCACCAACGCAUCCACACUGGGGAGAGGCCCUACGAGUGUUCCGAGUGCCAGAAGAGGUUUCACACCAGCUCCAAUCUCCUCCAGCACCAGCGGAUUCACACAGAGGAGAGGCCCUUCCGCUGCCAUGACUGCGGGAAGGGCUUCAACCGCAACUCCCACCUUGUCACCCACCAGAGCAUCCACACUGGGGAGAAGCCCUACGAGUGUCCCCAGUGUGGGAAGAGCUUCAGACAGAGCUCUCAUUUGAGCAGACACCAACACAAACACACAGGGGAAAGACCCACCCUGUGCCAGGAAGGUGGACAGAGCUUCAGCCAGAGCUCAGAGCUGGUGGUCCAUAAGCAGAUUGAUGAUGGGGAGAAGCCCUACAAGUGCUUGGAGUGUGGGAAGAGCUUCAGGCGGAGCAGCACCUUGAUCUGCCACCAGAUGAUCCACACUGGGGAAUGGGCCUACGAGUGUGGGGAGUGUGGGAAGGGCUUCAGCUACAGAUCCACCCUUGUGACCCACCAACGCAUCCACACCGGGGACAGGCCCUAUGAAUGCCUUGAGUGUCAGCAGAGAUUUCAGACCCGCUCCACUCUCCUCAGGCACCAGAGGAUUCACACUGAUGAGAGGCCCUUCCUCUGCCCUGACUGUGGGAAGGGCUUCAAGCGCAAUUCCCACCUCGUCACCCACCAGCGCAUCCACACGGAUGAGAGGCCCUUCCUCUGCCCUGACUGCGGGAAGGGCUUCAAGCGCAAUUCCCACCUCAUCACCCACCAGCGCAUUCACACUGGGGAGAGGCCCUACGAGUGCCGCACCUGUCAGAAGAGGUUUCACACCAGCUCCAAUCUCCGCCUGCAUGAGCGGAUUCAUACAGAGGAGAGGCCCUUCCGCUGCCCUGACUGUGGGAAGGGCUUCAAGAACAACUUCACCCUUGUCAGGCAUAGGCGCAUCCACACUGGGGAGAGACCCUACGAGUGUCCGCGGUGUGGCAAGAGCUUCACUCAGAGCUCUGACUUGACCAGACACCAAUGGAGUCACUGA